AUGACUCCGCUGGACCUGUGGCUGACCCGUUCCAUUCCCAUGUGCCUGCUGCUCCAGAGCCUGGUGCUCAUGGCCCUGUGUUUCCCCUCGGCGAGCAUGUGCCCGAAAGGCUGCAACUGCCAGAACCUCCCGCACGGCCUCAAUGUCACCUGCACCCAGGCCCGGCUCAAGGAGAUCCCGCCGGACCUGCCUUCUGACACCAUCCUGCUCCAGCUCGACCGCAACCACAUCUCCGCCGUGCCUGACCGCGUCUUCCAGGGCCUGAGGCACUUGCGGAGGCUCAACCUGUCCCACAACGCGGUGGAGACCCUGGGCGAGGGGGCCUUUUCCGGCCUCGAGUCCUCCCUGGAGCUGCUGGACCUCUCGCACAACCGCAUCAGCAGCGUGCACAAGGACGCCUUCGCGCGGCUCAAGGCCCGCGUGGUGGUGGACGACAAUCCCUGGCACUGUGACUGCGCCCUGCAGCAGGCUCUGGGCGGCAUGGCUCACAACCACGAGGCGGCCGCCCGCGUGCUGUGUCGCAGCUCGGAGCUCAGAGACCAAGAGGGGAGGCCGUUCCUGGCGGUCGACGCCGACCUUUGCAACCUGGCCAAGCGCACGACCGACUACGCCAUGCUGGUGACGAUGUUCGGCUGGUUCGCCAUGGUCAUCUCCUACGUGGUGUAUUACGUGAGGCAGAACCAGGAGGACGCUCGACGCCACCUGGAGUACCUCAAGUCGCUUCCCAGCAAACCCAAGAAACCGGACGACCCUUCUGAGGACAUCAGCACCGUGGUGUAA